GGCUUGAUGAUUAUGUAAAAUCAUCUGAAGAUACGGUAAAUUUAAAAAACGGGAGUGAAAAUACUCAUGAUUUAGCUACAAAAGUAUUUCAGAUAGUAAACAAAGGGGAAAGCAGUUUAGAGCGUGGAGUUUCUUACUAUUUGGAAAACAUUAUAUUGAACUGGCUGGAAACUUGGUCAGACAAACAAUAUUUUCAGCAUGAUGAGAUUCUAAAACUCAUAGACAAGAUACUAGAUUACAAUAAGCAAACAAAAGGUGGAGUAUCUAAACAAGAUCAUGAUUUCAAGAACGUGCAAUCUGGUGUUGCGUCUAAUUCAGUUCAAAGUUCAAAGCCACCAGAAGGACAAGUUAUAAAAGAGAAUGUAAUAUCUACAGUUGAUAUUGCUGUAUACGGCGUUACUUUACCGAGCAGUUCAAAAGCAGGAAACACUUCUAUUGGCAAUAAUAGUAUUAACGAGAUAACCGAUGAUGAUAUACAAGCUAGACUUGAUUUGUAUUUGAAGCAGUUAGUUGACAUGAUAGAUAACUGGCUGAGUACUUUGAAGAUUCCACAAAUUCAUGAUAAAGGGUUUCGAGAGAUUGUUGUUAACGAUUUAGCUGGAGACAUAAUUGAUAGACAUAAGUAUUUAGAACUUAACCCUUCCAGCAAGGGAACUGAUGAAAGUGAACUAGAACAACUAAAGUAUCAAAUAUUUAAAUGGGUUAAUAAGUUGGUAGGUGAGGACAGACAUGAAACCGUGGAGCAUGCUUCGGAGCUUAUGAACAAAAUACAAAGUAUACCCGUACCAAUGCUGACAAAGCAACCAGAGUCUGGUAGCAAGAAUGCAAAUAGAGUAACAAAUAGAAAUGUCAAUUGUGGAGCUGCUAAAGCAAAUACAUCAGCGAAUUGUCCUUCUAACGUCAGGUUGAGUAGUCCACUAGGCUUUACUACAGGUCCAAUGGCCACCACAAACAAGCAAAAUGUAGUCCAGAUGCCUCUUUUAGGUCCGCAAGCGCCGAUAUGUAGUUUACCAUGCAAAUCAAACACGAGCAUUAAAGAUAUCACACCGAGGACUGGAACUCAGUCGACACCACAUUUGGAAGGAGAUGGAAAUAUUCCACAAGGUAUGUCUUUAGAUGAAGCUCACCAAUAUUUCGAUGCCAUCUUUCACGAACGAUUAAAAGAAAUACCUCUUGAAACACCCAAUCCUGAACAGGAAGCUUUAGCAAAUCUAGCAAGAAAAGGAAUCUAUAAUGGAAUUUGGAAGACUUACUUCCAACUCAAAGGUGAUCCAGAUAUUGAAAACGAUUAUUCAUAUUUUGCAAUGGUGUUUGAAGAUGAAUUGGAUAAAAUGUUGGAUUGUCUACCUCAGACAAACGAGAUCCAGGCAUUUAGACACGUUUGGAAGCUCAAGGUUCUAUCAGAUGUCUUGAGUAUGCUAAAAUACGUGCACAAUAUGACAGACACGCACUCUUUCAGGGAGCUGAUCGCAAAUAAAUUAGACAGGCAGUAUGUGAGAGCACACAAUUUAAAAGGCUCUAACUUACUUCAACAUAACUUCGUGAUAAGUACAGCAGAAAAUUACAUUCUCUACUCAAAAUAUAAAGAAGAGGAUCCAGUAAAAGCAAACAUUUACAAACAACGUCUUAUGAAAAAAAUUGAAGAGUUAGCUGAAAGUGUGAAGAGUCAAACCAAUGUUGACUUUAAAUACUUGAAUCAUGCGCAGUUAUGUCAAAUAGCUUUUCAGUUAUUAGAAGCUGUACCAAUACCCAAAGACGAAAACCUUACACAUGAAGUUGAGGAAAUCUUAAUAGGUGAAGAAAUAGAGCAGUGGUAUAAUGGUUUGCCUGUCAAGCCUGUAUUGAAUGAGUCAGAUAAGGCUUUACGUAAACGUAUGAGAGAAUUACUAGCAAGAAAACUGCACGAUAUAGAAAAGCGCAUCGAUUUAAAUGACUCUGCAGAGCAAAACAUGAAACAUGAAGUCUCAAAAUUCUUGCAAGAAAAAGCAGAACUGCAACAAAAUGCCGAUUUGGAAAUUAACUUUAUGGUUGAAGAACUUACAAAUCGCCUGAAAAAUAGACGGCAACAGACUAUGAUAGGAUACGAAUCGUUCGAAAAGGAGAAGCCAGUGGCUUCUACUUUUGUUCAAACGGACCCAGGGGAAGUUUUAGCUGCGUUGGUUGAUGUUGGGAUUAACGCUGAAGGAGCAAGUCCAUACUAUCUUCAAGAAGUAGAUGCCUUUCAAGGCACUUUGGCAGAUCAACCUCAAAGCAUGUUGUGUGCCAAUCAAAUAGCAGAUUCAAGUAACCAAGCUUCUUAUCAACAGUCAAUGGGGCAGAUGCCAGGACCAUGUAAUCGAAAUCAACGUAAGCAAAGUUCUCUUCAGCAGUCAGCAGUUCAGGCACCACCACCCUGUUGUCAAUUCCAAGGGAAUUCAGGCGCCAACCAAACUAAUCAAAAUAAUUUCUAUCAGUCUAUGGGACAUCCACCUCUUCCAUGUCCUCAAGAACAAGAUUAUCCAGGAGCGGGUGUAAAUAUCGGUCCUUUCCGUCAAUCAAUGGCUCCAAUUUCAGGAGCAUAUCCUCAAGGCCAAGGAGUGUUCGGCACCAGUCAAGUGGCAGGUCCUUAUCAACAGCAAGAGCAGUUGCCACAAUGCUGUCAGGAUUUAGGCACAAGGCAAGGAACGGGAUCUGUUGGCUUUGGCCCUAUCGAAAGGCCAAUUGGCGCUCAAAGUAGUUACGACCCUCGAUCGGGUUACGCUUCAGAUAGGAGCCAAAUCCAGCCUGCAAACCAGGCUGAAGCUUCUGGGCGGAUAUAUCAAGAUAAUCUACCUCCAGACUAUGUGCAGAUGUGUAAUCAAGGAAAUAUUGGAGCACCAGGUCAAACUGUGUCUGGUGUGCCACCGAGCACAGAUUUCUUGACGACCCAAGACCCUACGCCUACAGCAAGAGUGGCUAGUGCUGUACCAGACCAAGAACCAAUAGAUGAAGAGACUGACGGUGAAGAAGAGAUCUAUAAAUGUCAUUGUAUGGAACGCAUUUGGAAGUGCAAGAAACACCGUGUCUAUGAGGAUAUGGGCAGGCGUCCACGGUGCUAUCCUAUGCCAAUGCCUUGCAGAUAUUUCUAUUGA